CUUCUGUGUUUUUCUCCAGAGACUUCCAGUUUUUGAACACCACACUGUUCUGGCCCUCCACCCCACACACACAAAGAGUGAGAACGGCAGACGUCAUGUUCCCUCUCCGUAUACCCCUGUUGGCCGUAUUGGUCAGCGUGGCCCUGUCCCAGUACAAUGAUUAUUAUGACUACCAGCCUAAUUUUAUGCAAGGACCCUCAGCGCCCAACUGUAAUCAAGAAUGCGAAUGCCCAAUCAACUUCCCCACUGCCAUGUAUUGUGACAACCGCAAGCUCAAGUUUGUUCCAGUAGUCCCAACAGGGAUAAAAUACCUGUACCUCCAGAACAAUCAGAUAGAAGAGAUCAAGGCAGGAGUGUUUGAUAAUGUCACUGAUGGACUUCGCUGGCUGGUACUUGACUACAACCAAAUUACCAAUGCUAAGAUAGCAAAGGGUACAAUUGACAAACUUACACGCCUGGAGAAGCUAUUGUUCAGCUACAACAACCUGACAGAGCCAGUUGUCCCUCCCUCAAAGUCCCUUGAUGAGCUGAAGCUAAUGCACAACAAAUUAUCCAAGUUCCCCUCUGGACUCUUGACUGACAAGGAGAACUUGACCUCCAUCAACCUUCAGCACAAUCAGCUAACGUCCGAUGCCAUCGGGGGGGCGUUCAAAGGGCCAAAGAAGCUGCUGUCCCUGGACAUGAGCCACAACAAGCUGAAGAAGCUGCCUGCCGGAGUUCCCAGUUCACUGGAAAUUCUCUACGCUGACUACAACGACAUUGACAGUGUCGGAGCAGGAUACCUGAACAAGAUGCCCUCGCUGAAGUACCUAAGGAUCUCCAACAACAAGCUGGUGGACUCCGGACUCCCUUCUGGAGUGUUCAAUGUGACAUCACUCGUGGAGCUGGACCUGUCUUUCAACAAACUGCAGUCCAUCCCUGAGAUCAACGAGCAGCUGGAGCAACUCUACCUCCAGGCCAACGAAAUCAACAAGUUUGACCUGGCAAGUUUCUGCAAGUACGUAACUCCUGUCAACUAUUCUCACCUGAAGCAUCUGCGUCUGGACGCCAACAACAUCACACAAAGCAGCAUGCCCUAUGACUCCUCCAACUGCCUGCGCCAACUUUCAGAUGUCAUGUUUGAAUAAGGACCUCCCUCAAAUCUAUGACCUUUCCAUUACCCCCCUUCUCUACUACCCUUACAUGGCUCAGCCCAAAGCCUUCUGGAUUAAAAUAGUGUAGUAUCCCUCACUUGUCCUUGGACAUAAGUAGUAUGCAAAUCUAGUGCCCGGUAAUGGCAUAUUCAUCAAUUGUAUUGUAUAUAUUGAAUAAAGAGCUGGGCAAAUUUCAUGGCAAAAGAAGUUAGCAACAAGUUUGCAGCAUACUGUUGGCAAACAUCAGUUAAAUUUAUCAAACAUCAAACAAAGGAUUUUGAUAUUUUGAACAUUAUCAUUUUUCACAUAAAAAUGAAGGCAAAAAAAUAGAAAAAAAAAUGCAAAAAUACAAAAAGUACAGGACCAUGAAUAAAAAUUGAUUAUUCUGCUUUGAUUUAAAAGACACACACUUUAAACAUUCCAAACUUGCAUUUGAUUACAUUGAAUAUAGACACGAUGGAGUAAAUGACGGCUCCAAUGUCUCAAUUAAAUCAUCAAUCGUCAUUUUGUUGUCUGUCUUGUGUGUUCCAAUGUUUAGCAUGUAUAAUAUAAUGUGGGUACAACAAAUAAUCCAUUGCUGUGCAAAGGACCAGCAUACAAGGAUUGUGUACUCAAAUUUAAGUGUGUAGUGCCAAAUGUGAGAAUUUAUGAACAAGUGUAAAACAGCAGUAACCUUAAAGUCCCACUCCCAAAUAAAUCAAAGUUGUUUUAAGGUAAGGUAUAUAUGUACUUCACGAUUUAAGUCCACCAGGACUUAGCUCUCUGUAAAGAAUGGGAUAAAUGGCACAUGAUUAAAAGGCAUUGGUACUUCCCUUUAAACUACUGUACUUUCUCUGCUCAGUUAAACGUUGAAAUGAUUGAAGAGUAAAAUUGUUUCUUUACGUUAUUUUACUUCAUAGCUGUCCACUUUCAUGCACAUUGCUGAUUUGUAUACAUUUGCAUUACUUGCAUGCAACCAAUGGUACCAUUUUUUAUAAUAAACUAAAGCUUUUGCAGUUAAGGCGCUCUCAUUGUUACGUUGUUGUUCACCAUGUUUGAUAAAUGCUUCUUACCAAUACAAAGUCAACUUGACAGCAGUGUGAUGAAUUAAGGAUUGUCAUUAAUGAAGUUAUGUUAUUAGAAUAUCACAUUUUGUUUAGGUCAUUUUUCAUUUGAUCGUGAUUUCUUUUGUGGCCUUUGACUCGGUAACUGCUCUUGGAUUUGCUGUGAGAAUACCGGACACAGUUGAAUAAACCAUGUUUCCAACAUA